AUGUUGGCCACUUUCCAAGGGCGACCAGGUCGUCGCUACAUUAGCCUUUUUCUUCUCAUCGCCAUCACAUGGUUUCUUGUCCACAACUUUCGUCCAUAUGAACGUUACCGCACCGUCAGAAUAGGCACCUACAACUACCUUCCCAGCAGCUAUGAUUGGAGCAAGCAGCAGAUCUUCCACCCCGUCGACGACAUCAAGAGUCCCCCAAACGGCACAUUCAAGCUACUGCCCAAUAUUCAGAAGGAACGCCCGAACGGCUACACCGAAGACAACGAGACGACUGCUAGAAAGGCGGCCAUCAAGCAGGCCUUCACCAAGAGUUGGGAGGCUUAUAAGAAGCAUGCGUGGGGCUGGGACGAGCUGGCGCCAGUCUCUCUCAAGGGCAAGACCACCUUUUCUGGCUGGGCCGCCCAGAUUGUCGAUGCUCUCGACACUCUCUGGAUUCUUGACAUGAAGGAUGAGUUCAAAGAAGCUGUCCAAAUUGUUGCCAUGAUCGAUUGGGCACGCACUGGUGAUAGCUACCUCAACCUGUUCGAGGUAGCUAUUCGUCACCUUGGUGGCCUCCUCUCUGCCUAUGAGCUCUCUGACGAAGCUGUCUUGCUCGGCAAGGCCAUUGAGCUAGGCGAGAUGCUCUAUGCCGCAUUCGACACCCCCAACCGCCUGCCAUCUCACUGGCUUUACUUCAAGUCUGCGAAGAACGGAGAACAGCAAGCCGAUGAAGAGAUGUCUGGUGCUGCAGGCGGCUCAAUGUGCCUUGAGUUCACUCGUCUGUCCCAGAUUACUGGCAACCCCAAGUACUAUGAUGCCACGGAGCGCAUUAAGCAGUUCUUCUACCGCAAUCAGGACAAUACUAAAAUCCCCGGUUUGUGGCCACAUGUCAUGAACUACCGUGAGGAAAACGUCGACGACGAUCGCUUCACCCUUGGAGCUGGCGCAGAUUCACUCUACGAGUACCUACCCAAGAUGCACGCUUUGUUGGGUGGCCUAGAUUCCGAAUAUGUUGAGAUGACCACCAAGGCUCUUGAUACCGCCACUAAGCAUCUGCUCUUCAAACCUCGUAAUCCCAGUGACCUGGAUAUACUGAUGUCAGGCAACGCAGUGCCAGGCGAUGAUGGCGCCAAGCCCAAGCUUACCGCUGAAAUGCAGCACUUGACAUGCUUUAUUGGCGGAACUUAUGCCCUGGCCGGUAAGCUUCUUUCACGGACUGAUCUUGUCGACCUCGGUUCUCGCCUAACAGCUGGCUGUGUUUGGGCAUACGAUGCUUUCCCCACGAAUAUCAUGCCCGAGAUUGCUGAGCUUGAAGCAUGCGAGUCUAUCACCAGCAAAUGCCGCUGGAGUGAUAAACCUGUGGAGAAAAAGGACAAGCUACCCGAGGGUUUCGUCCGAGUCCGCAACUCAGAAUACAGACUGCGCCCCGAGGCUAUCGAGAGCGUCUUCUACAUGUGGCGUAUCACAGGCGACGAUGUUUGGCGUGCUGCUGCUUGGCGUAUGUGGGACAGCAUCGUCAAGCAGACUGAGACUCAGGAGGCCUUUGCUACAAUCACUGAUGUCAACAGAAAGGGUAGCGACAAGCGCGAUAACAUGGAGACUUUUUGGAUGUCCGAAACGAUCAAGUACUUCUACCUCACUUUUGAGGAUCCCAACGUCAUCAACUUGGACGAAUGGGUGCUCAACACCGAGGCACACCCCCUUAAGCGUCCCAAGGGCGAGGAGCCUGAGGCUCCUAAGAGAAAGACAUCGUGGUGGAAAUUCGGCCAUUAA